UUUGCUCCGCCAGCUGUGGGUAAAUACUGUGCCUCAAUUUAACAGAUCUCUUUUUACAGCUGUGAAUGCCUUCAAGUCCUCCACUGGCUGUACAGUGACCAUGACUACUUUUGAAGACAUCUUAGAUGAGGCCGGCAAGUUCGGUCGGUGCCAAAUGCGAAUCGUUUCCAUAUUCUGCUUGGUCUCCAUACCGUUUUCUUUUGUAUACGUGGGGAUUGUAUUCCAGGGCUUCACCCCCGAACAUUGGUGCCGUGACCCGGGUGUUAGUGAGAUCCGGGAAAGAUGCAGCUGGAGUCUUCAAGAUGCACGCAGGGCGACUGUACCCUUGAUGAACAGCUCUACAGGGGUGACGUACAGUCAGUGUCAGAAACUGGACAUGGACUGGAACGCCACCGGUCUAACCUGUGACAAUCCAGAAAAUGAGUUCAUCCAGGCCCAGCUUUCUACUCUACCGAUGACGGUCUGUUCAGACGGCUGGGAGUACGACUAUGAAGGACAGUCGUUCGUCACUGAGUUUGAUCUAGUGUGUGACGAUGCCUGGUAUGUUGACAUGUUCCAGGCAACACUCGGUGUUGGUUUCUUAGUGGGCAGCAUUGCUAUUGGAUACCUGGCAGACAAAUAUGGCAGAAUGAAGACUUUCCUAAUGACCAACUUCUUCAUUGGAGUCACGGGGAUUCUGGUGGCCACAUCGCCCAAUUACAUCGCCCUGCUGGUGUUCAGAGUUCUCUUUGGCUUUGGAGUGAAAGGCGGCUGGAUGGUUGGAUACGUGCUGAUCACGGAGCUGGUUGGAGUUGAAUACAGGAGAAUGGUGGGAGUGGCCUAUCAGUUGUUCUUCAGUCUGGGCAUUCUCAUUCUUCCUCUCUUAGCUUACUUCAUACCAAACUGGCGCUGGCUACAGGUGGUCUUCACCAUUCCUUACAUCUGCUUCCUGACAUACUAUUGGUUUAUCCCUGAAUCACCCAGAUGGCUCCUCAGCCAAAACAAGAGAAGCGAAGCAGUGGAGAUCACCAAAGCAAUAGCCAAAGAGAACAAAAAGACACUGUCCAAGAUUAUUGAGACAAUGACUGAUGAAAACACAGGCUCCACCUCGACUGCCUCUUUCACGGACCUGUUCAAGACUUCCAAACUGAGAAAAUUCACAUUCAUCCUGAGCUACAACUGGUUCACCAGUGCUGUGGUUUACCAGGGGCUCAUCAUGAGGCUGGGAAUCCUCGGAGGAAACGUGUAUGUGGACUUCCUCAUAUCUGGAAUCGUGGAAUUGCCAGCAGCUUUCCUCAUUCUCUUCACUAUCGAGCGGAUUGGACGCCGGCUUCCUUUUGCAACUGCGAAUUUCGUGGCAGGAGCGGCCUGCUUGAUCACAGCGUUCAUCCCCGACAGUAUGUUCUGGUUAAAAAGCGCUGUUGCUUGUGUUGGACGGCUGGGCAUCACAAUGGCUUUUGAAAUGGUAGUGUUUGUGAAUACUGAACUAUAUCCCACCGUUAUCAGAAAUCUGGGUGUUUCGGUCUGUUCCACACUGUGUGACAUUGGCGGGAUUGUAGCACCGUUCCUGCUCUACAGGCUUUCUGUCAUCUGGCUAGAGCUACCUCUCAUUAUUUUCGGUGCUCUUGCGUUUGUGGCCGGUGGAUUAGUUCUGCUGUUACCUGAAACCAAAGGUUUGCCUCUUCCAGAAACCAUUGAUGACAUUGAAUGUCCAAACAGAAACAAAGAAAACCAGCUGAAGAGUCAACAGGUAGAGAACUUGCUGCCUUCAGAUGUGACAUCGAACAAAGAAGUUACAGCCGUCUGAUUGAGCGGAGACAGAAAACAUCAACCUCCUUAACUUUAUUAUUAAGUGAUGCUACUUAUUCCUUCUCUUUUGAGGAUUUAAUAAAAAUAUACAAACUGAAAACAGUUUUUCAAUGAUCAACAGGUUUUGCUUGAUAGGUAAUCAAGCAAAAAAAA